AUGUCAGAAUUCACUCCCAAAGUUCAGCGCUUGGCCCUGGCAUUGACUCUUCUCCUCCAGCCGGCGGCGUGCAGUUUCAGCCUCGACACCGUCGUCCAGGACUAUUGGUACUACGUGCAUAACCACUUGGCGUCGACAACGUCGGACGCCUGCCUGAGCGCUUACGCCGCUCCCAUUGACUGCGACGAAACGCUUCUAGGUCUCGUCUCAUCCAACAGCCCGAAUUUCAACCCGGGCCCCGCCGAUCUUGAGCGCACUUGCACCACGACCUGUGCCGACUCACUCAAUGCCUAUGUGCAGAAUGUCGUGGAUGCGUGCACGGCGGAAGGGGAUGGCGCAUUGGUCGAGACGGACGAGAAGCCACACCCGCAAGUGUCCGUGGCUGUUGUAGGCCAAAUCUUUCAGUAUGAAUACGCAUGGGCGUGCUCCAAGGCUGGAUCCUCAUGGUGCUAUCUUGACUACCCCAGCAGCGACGAGUGGGCUCGCUCAGACUUUACCUGCACAAACCAGUGCGCCGCUCAAUUCUUUUACAAUGCGCACACUCUCCCGGGCGCCAAUUAUUGGUUCCGCGUCUAUAACCUCGACUACAAAUCGUCGUGGUGGGAGAAUCAGUGGUCCGACGGCUGGAACCAUCUUCUCGACUGCAUCAGCUCGGGGGACAUCUCGAGCUCGCAGACAGAGUCUUGGGGUAGCCACAUGUCCCCGACCGCCGCCGCUGCUGCUGCAAGCGAUUCUACAUAUACGACCUCUACACAGAGCGAUGGAAAUAGUCAGACGACGACAGUGACGGGAAGCGUGACUACAUCAGCCACGUCGACCACCUCGUCCAAAAGUGGCAGUCGGACUGCAUCUAGCACAACCACUACAUUGCCUACUAAUACUUCAACGAAUGGCGCUGGUCAUUUAAGGGUGCCAUUUGUCCGUCUUUUGCGAUGA